CGUCAUCGAUGGUUCGGGCGGAGCAGCUCGCACGUGGGCCGAGCAUAACGAGCCGGCUUGUGAAUGGUUUUAUGCAUUAUGACCCAAAUAACAUCGGGUUUGAUCGUAAAGUGUGGCGUGCUCCCGCGGCCCGAUAUAUCCCGCAGCACUCGAGCAGCGCGCGCUCGGCGGCCGCCCGCGCCGCACCGCGCGGUACACAACACACACGUCAACAACAGCCGACCACAUCAUAACGGCUCGAGAGAUUUAUUGCACAAAUAAUAAAUUUAGCGCGAUAUUGGUAUCCGCGGCGUUUGAUCUGUUGUCUGCAUUAGUGGAGUGUUGUGAGCCGAGUAAACACUUAGAUUUAUGUGGUACUGCCGCUGAGCGAGUGGAAGUGCCGGCGCAGUGGACUGAAAAGGCUGGUCGUGACUUGUAGUGUUAACCUUACAAAGUGUAUGAGGGGUGGUCCUCAUGCGGCAGUGCUGUGGAGUGGUCAGGUGUGGGACACUCGUCCAGGAGUGUUGUUGACAGUGUAGUGAAGUGCGUGCAGCAUGUCGCGGAGGGAGGCGCGGGUAGAGCGCGGGGACUACCCCCUGCCGCCGCCCAGCAAGUGCGCUAAGGUGCUGUACUACACGUGGAAGCUGUGCUCGGUGGUGUUCUCGCACUUCGUGAUGAUCAGCCUCGUGGUGGCGUACUGCAUCCUCGGCGCCGUCACCUUCGAGAAGCUGGAGGCGCAGCACGAGAGAGAGGUGAAGGAGAAUAUAUCUCAGAUCCGCAGCAACACGACGCAAAGCAUCUGGACGAUGACGCGCACCGUGCCGCUCUUCAACCAGACUAACUGGACCUCCGAGGUCGUGGACAUGCUCAAGGACUUUGAGAACGCGAUACUCCUGGAGAUGAAGGUGCGUGGCUGGGACGGCAAUGAGAGCACCGACCACAUCCAGUGGACCUUCACCGGAGCGCUGUUUUACUCCAUCAUCGUCAUCACCACCAUCGGGUAUGGGCACAUAGCGCCGAAGACUCAAACUGGGAAGGUGGUGACAAUAUUCUACGCAAUCCUGGGCAUCCCGCUCAUGCUGCUGUGUCUCUCCAACAUCGGUGACGUCAUGGCGUCUUCCUUCAGAUUCCUAUACUGGCGUGUUUGCUGCUAUGUGUGCACGCGCCCACCAAAACGACGUCACCGGCAUCAUCCGUCGACGAGACGUUCAGUGCGCGGCGGCAGCGUGCGCGGCUCUACACGACGGCGAGGCCGGCCCGUCGAGCGAGCGCACUCCGACACCGACUGCAGGUACCGUGACAGCGGGUACAGUAGCGGGCGCGUGCGGCGCUCCCGGCAGGCUCUGCCACCGCCCGCACCCGCGCACACCACGUCACUGCCGCGCACACGCUCACACACGCAGCCUCCCGUGUACGCUCGGCCACAUGGUAUCAGAGACUACGAUCCUGAAGAUCGCUCACCUGUGCGUUAUGAGAAGUACAGUCGAGAAGGUCGAGACAACUAUGACGAUGAGGCAGAAGAAGAAUUCCCCAAAAUUUCCUUACCGCUGGAAGACUUAGAAGCGGCUUUAAAAGAUUUGGAGACGCAUCACGUUAAGAAAGCAUCCAAGUCCGAGCUACGCAGUAAGUCGUUGCCACGCCCGGCUAAAGCGAAGCCGGAGUACGGGCCGCGGCGGGACUUCGAUGACCAAAGGCAUUUCGAGGAUGACCCGAAAGACAUGUUCGAGAUGCACGACCUGCACGACGUGGACUACGAGAACUUCAAGGAAAGGCAGGCGCUGGAGCGCGAGCGGCGCCGCGAGCGGGACGAGCCGGCGGCCCGGGACCGCGGGUAUGACCCCGAGGAUGAGGACUACGAGUUCGACUACCAGAGGGGACGCCGGCCGAGGCGAGACUGGAGGUCAGAGCGAGGCAGGUCGGAGUACUUCGAGCGCGACGAGGUGUGCGAGCGUGCGGGCCGGCGCCAGCGCCGCGCGCGCUCCGCCAUGUACGAGCACGAGCCGCGCUGGGAGGAGGAGCGCGCGCCCGAGCCGCGCCGCCCGCUGCGCCGCCUUUACACUGUGGACGACACCAGGCAUCGCACACGAACGCCUUCCUUGGAAAGGGAUGACUGGAGCGAUGAAAUAGCCGUGAUGCCGCGACGGAGACCACCUGCAGCAUGGGGUUCUCGCCAAUCAGACAUAUACCAUGUUCAGCCUGACGUGGUGAAAGAAGAGAUCAAGCCGGUUCCCAUCUGGCUGUGCGUGUUCCUAGUGGCGUCGUACAUCGUGGCAGGCACGUUCCUCUUCAAGAGCUGGGAGGGCUGGGCCUACCUGGACGCCGCCUACUUCUGCUUCAUCACUCUCACCACCAUUGGCUUCGGGGACUUUGUACCUGCGCAGGGUCAGAGCGUGGACGACGCGGCGGCGGCGGUGCACUCAAUCGCGCUGUGCUCGCUGUACCUGCUGUUCGGCAUCGCGCUGCUCGCCAUGUCCUUCAACCUGGUGCAGGAGGAGGUGCGCGCCAACGUGGCCGCGCUCGCCACCAAGCUCGGCAUCAUCAAGCCGCGCGACACGCACCAGGACUCCGAUACUGACUACUGACGUCACAUGUUGGAUAACGAGGAGAUGAACGUUACGGGUUAACUCACACUUAACAUCAUGAAACCUUCAA